CCUUGCCCCCAGCGCAACUUGUGCGCAGCGAGGGGAGUGGAGGCGGCCGAGAGCCCCCCGGUUGCGGGGGCGGGGCGGGCCCGGGGGUGCCAGGGGCCCCUCGGUCUGCGCCCGGCCGCCGCCCGCUCCACCCAGCCUUCCAGCCCGCCCCCACUCACCCGGCGCAGCCCCCGGGAGGGACGCGCAAGCAGCGUGUUGCUUCGCCCCGCGCCUCGGCAGAAGUUGACAGGAGUUGGCGGCUGCCUUGGGCCGGCCGGACUUCGAGAGCUGCCGGGGAGAGGAGCGGAGAGGCGCCGUGGCCGCCUGCCGCCUUGCCGCCGCCGCCGCCACCGCCGCGCAGCCCUCGGGGCUUCCUCCCGCCUGCCCGGCCCGCAGCGCGGGUGGAGAGGGGCGGGGAGGGGGGUCGCGGUGCGCAAGAAGUACUGGAAAACUGUGCGAAGGAAUCCGAAGCAGAUGAGAAAGGAGGGAAAUAAAGUGGAGCCUGCAGGACGGCCUCGCCCGCGGCGGAUCGUAGCUGCCGGCGCCCGCACCGGGGCUCGGCGGGGUCGUCUCCCUCUUCGCUCGCUCGCCCUCUCGCCCCUCCAGCCUACGGCUCCCUCUUUUAAAGCGACACCAGCUCUCUCCUUUCCUUUACUAUCUCUGUACCACCAAACCGUGACCGGCUCUUAUGGGCAUGAAACACUCCUCCCGCUGUCUGCUCCUAAGGAGGAAGAUGGCGGAGAACGCCGCCGAAAACCCCGAGGUGAGCAAUCCCCCGGCUCAGCCCCCUCAACCUGUGGUCCCGCCCAAACCUGUGCCCUGCGUCCAUCAUGUGUCCACCCAGCCCAGCUGCCCUGGCAGGGGCAAACUGUCCAAGCUGCUAAACCCGGAGGAGAUGACCUCGAGAGAUUAUUACUUCGACUCCUAUGCCCAUUUUGGGAUCCAUGAGGAGAUGCUGAAGGACGAGGUGCGGACGCUCACGUACCGCAACUCCAUGUACCACAACAAGCAUGUGUUCAAGGAUAAGGUGGUGCUGGACGUAGGGAGUGGCACCGGGAUCCUGUCCAUGUUUGCUGCAAAAGCUGGGGCCAAGAAGGUGUUUGGGAUCGAAUGCUCCAGUAUUUCUGACUACUCGGAGAAGAUUAUUAAAGCCAACCACUUGGACAACAUCAUCACCAUAUUUAAAGGUAAAGUGGAAGAGGUGGAGCUGCCUGUGGAGAAGGUGGACAUCAUCAUCAGCGAGUGGAUGGGCUACUGUCUAUUCUAUGAAUCCAUGCUCAACACGGUGAUCUUUGCCAGGGACAAGUGGCUGAAACCCGGAGGGCUUAUGUUUCCAGACCGGGCAGCUCUGUACGUGGUAGCAAUUGAAGACAGACAGUAUAAGGACUUCAAAAUCCACUGGUGGGAGAACGUGUAUGGUUUUGACAUGACCUGCAUCCGGGACGUGGCCAUGAAGGAGCCCCUGGUGGACAUUGUGGACCCAAAGCAAGUGGUGACCAACGCCUGUUUAAUAAAGGAGGUGGACAUUUACACCGUGAAGACGGAAGAGCUGUCGUUCACAUCUGCGUUCUGCCUGCAGAUUCAGCGCAACGACUACAUACAUGCCCUGGUCACCUAUUUUAAUAUUGAAUUUACCAAGUGCCACAAGAAAAUGGGGUUCUCUACAGCCCCCGAUGCCCCCUACACCCACUGGAAGCAGACUGUCUUCUACUUGGAAGACUACCUCACUGUCCGGAGGGGCGAAGAGAUCUAUGGGACCAUAACCAUGAAGCCAAACGCCAAAAACGUGCGAGACCUCGAUUUCACAGUAGACUUGGAUUUUAAGGGACAGUUGUGUGAAACAUCUGUAUCUAAUGACUACAAAAUGCGUUAGCACACGUGGGACGCCACAGAGAGCCAGCGAGAAAAGGAUCUCUCGCCUCCAUCUGCCGCGCUGUCCCAAGGAAUCCUGUACUGCAGGACUACACACUGGCAAACCAGAGUUAGCAACUCUGGCUUGAAGAUUGCUCAGCCCACCCGGGGGGGCUCCCAGCGGAGGGCCCGGCCACUGGACAGAGGGCCUUGGGCUCCUCUACUCGGUCACGAGAGCCCCUCGCGAAAGGCUUUGUUGGCGCCCGCAACCAGCAACCUGGUGUGCUGUGGCCGGGGCCCCGAGGCUGGAAAAGAACCCGUGUUAAUUCCCCCCAUCCUCGUCCUCCUUACUGUGACCCUGCGGAGCCUCCCGUUUUGCAUGCUGCAGGCAUCUAGGUCGGAUUGCUUUCACUAGAACCUGGAGACUCGGUGUUUUUGAUAGUAUAAGCCAGAUUAUCUGUUUGUGCGGUGGUGUGUGCGUGUGUGUGCCUGCCUACAGCAUCCACAGUAGUUUAUUGACCCACACGCAUCUGUAUAUGCAUGCAUAUACAAUCAAGUGGGUAUCCUUGCGUGUUCCUCCAGAGGGGUGUGUGCGUGGGUGCGUGCGUGUGCGCGUGUGCAUAGAAUAUAUAUUACUCUCAGAGGAGAAUUCUGUUGCUUUCGAAUAGGAAUUUGUUUUGUGAUUAGUUUUCCCUUCCCCAUUCCUUACCAGAUGUUAAGCAGCUCUGAAACAUUCUCUGUACUAGCCCUGGUCGCCUCUGGACGAGACCGUGGCUCCGGCCCUGAGCAUACGACCACAGACUCUGUGAGCGCCCAAUAAACACACAGAAGAA